CUAUUAAAGAACAGUUUGACGUAGACGAAAAUACGCCCACACGAACUGUCAGUGUGACAGCUAGAAUUGUCUUAAGUUUGGUUUGGUCGAUGUGAUUUAUUUUACCACUCAGCACAAGUUUUGCAUCAUUUAUGGCGUUAAAUAAUAAGAUGUGAAGCAUGGAGCGCCACGGACCGCCUGGCGUCAACUCGCGCGCGCUCAGCGCCGCGCACUCCGCCGCCGACCUCGAGGUCCUGAGAGAGAUAGAAAACGUCUACUUCUCUCCCCCGAGUGAGUUCGACGCGGCCCGACACGCGCUCGAGAGCGCGCCCGACCCGCCCACCUGCGACGCCAUCGAGCAGAUGUUCACCAAACUCAAGAGGCAACAGCAGGUGGUAUCCGGCAAAGCGUUGCACCUCAUAUCCCAACAACGCGACAACUGCGAUCGCGAAUUCGCAGAAAUCCAGAACAUUCGCGAACAGCUCGCCACCACGCUCCACACCUGUCAAACCGCCCGCAACCACCUGCGAACCGCGUCCAACCAUCUAACCAUAUCCACCUUCGUUAUCCUGGCUAACUUCAGGAAGCGGCAGAUCAUCAGGUCAGUCCUCAAGUCUUUAGAAUUACUCAGGAGCUUGAGAAGCGUGGAGAAAGAUGUUCAGGAGUUGCUGGUUAAAAAGGAGUAUUGUGAGGCGAUUGAGCUGAUUUUGAAGAGUCGGAAGGCCGCUGCGAAUCAUAAAGAGUAUACAUGUAUUGCGGAUUUAGCUACAAGAUUACAGGACACUUUAGACAUGACUGAAGAGAAGCUGGACUCAGUUUUAGCUAGUAUUUGUUAUAACUUCGAUGGGGAAACUUUUAGUAAGUUAAGGAAAGCGCAUGCGUUACUUGGGAAAAGUCAAGCGGCUAUGGAACAAUUACAUAUGCAUUAUUCUUCAGCAGUCAAUGAGACGUCUUUAAAAUCGGUUAAAGAUUGCAUUGGGGAAGUAUCUAUCGAAGUAAAAUUUCAAGAGAUGUGUCAAUCGGUACCUAAGGAUAAAGCCGCCAUUUGCUUUUUGAAUCUAUGCGAGAAUUUGUUUCUAAUCAUGAGAAGCUACUAUUUAUUAGUGAAAUGGCAUUCGAAACAUGAAGACGAGGACCUGCCAAGUUCAAGUGUGUUUGAAAUAGAAAGGAAUGUCAGUAGGGAGUAUAUAAAACAGAAACUGAAAGGUGGUUUAGUGAGAAUCUGGCACGAUGUGCAAGCGAAGGUGUCGACUUUUUUAAAGAGUGCCUAUAUAGAGGAUUUUGCUUUUGAGAAGUUUAUUCAGAUACUAGGUAUUUUGAGGCGUUUAAUGCAAGUAGCUGAAGUUUUUUGCGGCGAUAAAUCCGAUAUUUUAGAGGAUUUUAUAAAGAGUCAUAGUGUGACGUAUAUCAAGAAUUACCACAGAGGUCGUAUGGAGGAGCUGAAACUGUUCCUUGAGAAUGAAGGAUGGGAACAAUGUCCUGUUAAAUCAAGUUUCACGUUGCUAAAUCUGCAAGAGUUUAAGAAGUUUAAAAAAUACUUGAACCCAAGCUUUGACACGUCUAUAUCCAAGGUCAGUACAUUAUCUGACGGGACGUCGUCAGUACAUUCACAAGAUGACAGUGUGUAUAUAGCUAAAUACUUCAAUCAGAAGACUACGCAUACUCCCUUUGAGAUUUUCCGAAGCGAUAAUGUAACGAAUGAUGAUAUAUUUGGUUUAGAACCUGAGAACGACGGCAGUGAUACCUCCGAUGACGAACCAGAGGAAUUAAAGAGAGAUUUCGUCGAUGACGACGCUAAAAGUCCGUCGAAAGUGAAACAUUCCGUCAUAGUAACUAACACGACUUUAUCAGUCUUAAGAAACUGCGGGCAGUACUUACAAAUAUGUAGGUAUCUCCCGCAAAUAUCUUUAGAAGUCGUCAUGCUUAUGAACCAGCUUUUCGACUUCUAUUUCUACACUGUACAUUUAUUCUUUACGUCCGAUCUUGAUGUAGCUUCAUCUACUUUAUAUACAUCAAAGUUAACAGCUACUUUAAAGAGAAUAUCCAACUCUAUCGAUACUUCUAAUUCAGGAGACUCAAAGACCUUCCUCUGUCCAGAAAUACCUCAGCAUUUAGACUUAUCAUCUGAAGAGUAUCUACACGGCUUAAGCGAGCGAAUAGUAGCAGUAGAAAGCGUAAUCUUCCUCGCAAAGCAAUUUGAGUUCUUACAGCCGUAUUUAGAGUCCAUAGUCGCUCAGCAUCAAAGACUGGUUUUAGAGCAUUUUAGGGAUAACACUCUGGCCAGUGCGGUGGAUUUAAGAAUGCCUGUGUAUAUGUGUUCUGCUUCCAAAGCCGUGGACGCUAGGACGACUUUGUUAGCAAUGUCUCAAGUAAGAUGGGAUGUUAAGAAUGUCGAAGUAGAAAACAGUCCUUACGUAGACGUGAUAACCAGAAAAAUUCAAGUGUUUGCAUUAAGAUUGGAAAACAUAUCGAAGAAGGUUACUCUUAACCUUGAAGUCAUAAACUCAGUUUGGGGGAUGGUGUCAAAAUUCAUCGUACAUUUGCUGGUGGAAGGCUUUUCUAAUGCCACGAAAUGUUCAAACGGUGGCCGUGGGCUUAUGCAGCUCGAUUACAGGCAAUUAUUUGUUAAAAUUGAGAAAAAUUCCGGUCUUAAACCUGUUCCGUACCAAGAGUAUGUCGAUAGGUAUGUCAAAGCGUACUAUUUGCCUCGGAACGAGUUGGAAGUAUUCAUCAGAGAGAGAUUGGAGUAUUCGAACAAGCAUUUGCUGGCUUUGGUAAGCUGCGCGUGCGAGAAUAAGAGAGACAGACAAGAAUUAACAGCCGUUAUAGAGAGGAGAGAUACUUAAUAGUAUCAAAGUGCUUUAAAAUGAUUUUUCCUUUCCCGAGAUGUGUCACUUUUAACUUUCUGGCCGUCAAAGACGUCAAGAGACGCGCGCGGCAUUCCAACAAGGCUUCCGAUGACGCCACAGAAUAAAUAAUAGUACUACCGUACAGAAAGGAAACUUCCUACAAAACCGAAGUUUGACAGCGGUUCAGGGUCGAAUCAUGCUGUCCCUUUCUAAUAUAAGGCACUAUCCCGCUAUUUAGGGUUGUCAAAAAUCAAGUCAAUAUGUUAUCUGUGGUCACGCAAAGGGACGUCAAGUUGUGUCGACCCUUAUAAUUGCUCGGAGCAAUGCUGAGCCGAACGGAGCCGAGGGAGAAGGAGUUUCGUUCGUGGCGUUUUAAGGGUUAAAUGACACAAUAGCGGAAAGAAAUAAAACGAUACGGCUAUGUUACUUAAAUGGAAUAAUGAUACUAGAUUUAUAUUACAAAAAAUAUGUAAAGACGGCAGCAGAUCUAGCUAAGCAAGUGAGGUGUCCACAAAUAUCUGAACACGAUGAUUAGAAAUAAAGGAAAAGUGGAACUCACUGACUCUGGCGAUACCGGCCCACCGCUCUACCGUCUGAGCUACCGAGGCGUACCCGUUGACAGCGAAUAUUUCCACCAUCAUCAUCAUCAUAUCAACCAGAGGACGUCCACUGCUGGACAUAGGCCUCCAAAGAGUGUCACAAUGACAGGUCUUGCGCCGCCCGCAUCCAGCGGACUCCCGCGACCUUCACCAGGUCAUCAGUCCACCUUGUGGGGGGUCUACCCACGCUGCGCCUUCCGGUCCACCAUCUCCGUCAUAUAACAAAUGUAUUACGUAUGUAUGUAUGUUUUCUCUUACGGUAGAUGUCGCUAGGGGCGUCCCUAAGGCGCAUAUGAAGGGUAUAUUUAUAAGCGUUGUGGUAUCGUUUUAAUACAAAAUUAAUUUGAACACUUUUUGUCGAGAGAAUAAGAGCGUGUGUAGAUCAUUAUGAACACUUCGCCCGCUUAGCUACUUAUGCUCCUAACCUACCUACUAAAAGUACCUAAUAAAAUUGGGAACAGCUGGCUCAUAUUCAUAUAAUGUGUUAUGUAAUGUACAAAGUAAUAGCGAAUUUAAAAUAUGCGGCCUAAAUGUGUUUUUUAUUUGCUGCAUGUAUAUACUAUCUAUAUUAUGAUUAUAUUAUUUAAUAGCAGUUGUGUUGUAAUAUAUACCUAUAGUGGGUUUUUUUUAGCAUUAGAAAUAAGGUAAACAAUCUUGAUGUGUCUUUUAAUUGAAAAACACAUCUUAAAAAUAAGUUACUGCAAAUAUGUAACAAAUAUGAAUCUAAUACGAUCAUUUAUAUUCUUCUGCUUUCAUAAGUAGUAGUUAUUGAUUUUUAUAAAGCGUUUUUCCAUUAAAAGACAUGUCAAGAUCGCUUACCUUCUUCCAAGUUCUUUCUAAUGCUAAAACGAACGAACGAACUAUAGGUAAAAUUAAUAUUUUGUUUAAGCUUGUCAUGACAGAAUAGGGAAUAUCACGCAGAACUCUGCGUAGGGGGCGCCACUAGCACAAACUGUAAAGAAACCACCUUGAUGCAUCCAUGUCAAUUGUCAAGUUAUGUAUAUUCGUAACAAAUAAUCUGUGAAAACUUUAAUAACAAAACUUUAAAUUAUUAAAUAUUUAAAAUUUAAUAGUUCUGUGAAAACUUGUCAAAAAACCGGCCAAGUACGAGCCGGGUCGCGUUUCUAGGGUUCCGUACAUAAAUCCGACUCACGCUUGACUGACUGCACAUUACUAAUAGGUUUUCCUGUCAUCUAUAGGUACAGAACUAUUUUGUGUAUUUUUUUCAAAAUUUUAGACCUAGUAGUUUCGGAGAUAAAGGGGGAAUGGUAAUUUUUUGGCUAUUUUCUUAAAUAACUUCAAACCUAUGUAUUUUAAAAUUAUAAAAAAAACGUGGCCAUCUUUGGUGGUCACUAAUUUUAACAGAUGUGUACCAAAUUUCAACUUAAUUGAUCCAGUAGUUUCCGAGAAAAUGGGCUGUGACAGAAGGACAGACGCACGAGUGAUCCUAUAAGGGUUCCGUUUUUUCCUUUUGAGGUACGGAACCCUAAAAACGUUUGAAGGCAUACCAUAUAUAAUUACCUUAUGGUUUUCGGUAUGUGAUAGUGGCGCUAGUGCUGCCUCCGGCGGCAGAACAUUGCAGUGUUCCCUAUUGAUAUAAUUAUAACCUCUAGCCGCCCAGAGGCCUAUAAAAAGCUCUCCUGUUCCACUCUAAUUUGAACUUUGUGUUGACAAAAUAAAAUUUCAUUUUGCUUGGCAAGGUUUGACGUAUGGACGACUAGAGGAUAAAGCAUGACGGUAAAAUUGUUCACAUGAUUUCAAUUAUCUAUGUUCUCAUUAGGUAUAAAAUGAGAGAAGUAUGAAAUUAUCUAAUACACCAUAUAAAACAAAGUCACCCGCCGCGUUUGUUUGUAUGUUCGCGAUAAACUCAAAAACUACUGGACGGAUUUUCAUGCGGUUUUCACCUAUCGAUAGUGUAGAAGGUGUAUGUAUAAUCUGUUAACCCGUGCGAAGCGGCGGGUCGUAUUUAUUAUAACUAAAAUGAUGACAUUAUAGAGUAAUAUUUCUUAUACUAUGUUUUGUAUAUUAAUUAAUGUUAAUUUAAGAAAAACGUCAAAGACAGACAUAAUCACGCAAUCUCAAAAAAAAAAGACAUUAAUUAUAGGGAUAUAUUUAUAUUGUUUUAUUUGUAUGCUGUAACUGUAUUUUUGAAAGCUUGAUAGUAAAUAAAUAUUUGUUGGUCACA